CUUGACGUUAUACAUUGUUGUCUGUAUAUAACAUGUGUAUGUAUACCUUGCAUUUUCUUCUUUGACUUCUCAAUCAAUCCUGGAUAAGCCUCAGUGUGUUAUUGCAUGACAGUGCCCACGUGAUAUGAUUGACCAUGUUCUAUAUAGAAAUAUAGAAAAAAGACAAACCAGUAGUGAAGAAGAAAGAUCUCUUGAUAUAUUUGACAAGCUCUGAGCUUUCUAUCCUUAUCUUCACAGACAUGGCUUCAAAUCUAAAACUAUUCAUUUAUCUGCUGGUUUUCUUCUUGGUUUGUGCUACAAAUGGAAGUGCAAGAAAGAUGGUGGGGAUUUAUGAGCUCAAGAAGGGAGAUUUCUCAGUGAAAGUUACCAACUGGGGAGCAACUAUCAUCUCUGUUGUUGUUCCUGAUUCAAAAGGGAAUUUGGCUGAUGUUGUUCUUGGAUAUGAUAGCAUUGCUGAAUAUGUUAACAACACAGCUUAUUUUGGAGCAUUGGUCGGGCGUGUUAUUAAUAGAAUCUCAGGAGCACGAUUCGUCUUGAAUGGAACUGCAUACAGGUUAUAUGCUAAUGAUGGAAAGAACUCACUCCAUGGUGGACAUCGAGGAUUCAGUCAUGUAAUUUGGACUGUCCAAGAACAAUCAAAUGGUGAAUUCCCUUAUAUUACCUUCUACUACCACAGUUUCGACGGGGAACAAGGAUUUCCCGGAGAUCUCGAUGUGCUUGUAACAUACAAGAUCUCCGGCAAGUACAAGCUAGAUGUGAUCAUGCACGCAACACCAAGAAACAAAGCGACGCCUGUAAAUCUCGGGCAACACACUUAUUGGAAUCUCGGUGGAGAAGGCAGUGGCGACAUCCUGUCUAACUCCGUCCAAAUCUUCUCUUCAAAAAUGACUCCAUUGGACAAAAACCUCAUACCUACCGGAGAGAUCACUACUGUUGCAGGAACUCCAUAUGACUUUCGUAAGCCUAUGACGGUCGGGAGCAGAAUCAAGGAAACCAAUGGAGGGUAUAAUAUCAAUUAUGUGCUUGAUUCUCCGACGGAAGAUCAAGGCAUGAGAAAGGCUGCAGUUGUUAAGGAUAGCAAGACUGGUCGAGUACUUGAAUUGUGGACGAACCAGCCAGGAGUGCAGUUCUAUACUAGCAACUACUUGAAUGUCAAGGGGAAGGGCGGACAUGUGUAUAACCAGUAUGGUGCGCUGUGUUUAGAGACACAAGGGUUUCCUGAUGCUGUGAACCACCCUACAUUUCCUACUACGAUUGUGAAUCCUGGACAGGUUUACAGACACUACAUGGCACACAAAUUCUCCUUCCAGUAGAAUGUAAAGUCUAUGAAGGCCGGUGUUUGGGUUACUUCUUUGUGGUAUCAAUGGAAUAAAGUGUAUGUAACGGUUUAUGUCUACCAAACAAAGUCUCUAAACAAUGUCAAGUUGCUUGAAUUCAAAGAUGGAUUUAUCAGCACAAUGAUAA